AUGAUAGCAGCCGCUGUGGUCAGCAGUGCACUCCUGCUCUCCCUUCUCUGUGAAGCCAGUGCCGUCGUCUUACUCAAUUCCACUGACUCAUCCCCGCCAACCAAUAAUUUCACUGAUAUUGAAGCAGCACUAAAAGCACAACUCGAUUCUGCGGAUAUCCCCAAAGCCAGGCGGAAGCGCUACAUUUCGCAGAAUGACAUGAUCGCCAUUCUCGAUUACCAUAAUCAAGUUCGGGGGAAAGUGUUCCCCCCAGCAGCGAACAUGGAAUAUAUGGUUUGGGAUGAAAAUCUUGCAAAGUCUGCAGAAGCUUGGGCAGCUACUUGCAUUUGGGACCAUGGACCUUCUUACUUACUGAGAUUUUUGGGCCAAAAUCUGUCAGUACGAACUGGAAGAUAUCGCUCUAUUCUCCAGCUGGUCAAGCCAUGGUAUGAUGAAGUGAAAGAUUAUGCUUUUCCAUAUCCUCAGGACUGCAACCCCAGAUGUCCUAUGAGAUGUUUUGGCCCCAUGUGCACACAUUAUACACAGAUGGUCUGGGCCACCUCCAAUCGGAUAGGAUGUGCAAUUCAUACUUGCCAAAACAUGAAUGUUUGGGGAGCUGUAUGGCGACGUGCAGUUUACCUGGUAUGCAACUAUGCCCCAAAGGGCAACUGGAUCGGAGAAGCACCGUAUAAAGUAGGGGUACCAUGUUCAGCUUGCCCUCCAAGCUACGGAGGGUCUUGUACUGACAAUCUUUGCUUUCCAGGAGUAACAUCAAACUACCUAUACUGGUUUAAAUAA